AUGUCUGGUGCACAGCAGCGUCUAAUCCAAGUGGCAUCCCAUAUCGGCCCCAAGAAGGGAGUUGCCGUUAUCUCCGAAAAGAACCCCGACGAUGUCGUCGUAACAUGCGCGCUCCGCAGUGCUCUCACCAAAGGCGGCAAAGGAGGUUUCAAGGACACCGCCGCCGCCGAUAUCCUGGCCGGUGUUUUCAAGGGCGUGAUCGACCGCAGCGGGAUUGACCCCAACCUGGUGGAGGACAUCUCGGUCGGUACUGUCCUUGCGCCUGGCGGCGGAGCUACGGAGUUCCGUGCUGCAGCUCUAGUCGCCGGUUUCCCUGAGUCUACGGCCGUUAAGGGUCUUAACCGACAGUGCUCUUCCGGUUUGCAGGCAAUCGUUGAUAUUGCCAACGCCAUCAAGACCGGGAUGAUUGAGGUUGGUAUUGGUGCUGGUGUGGAGAGCAUGAGCUCCCAAUAUGGUCCCGGUGCUGUCACCGAAUUCUCUGAGCUGCUUGAGAACCACCAAGAAGCCGCAAACUGCAAAGUUCCCAUGGGCGUUCUUUCCGAACAGAUGGCCAAAGACCGCAAGAUUCCUCGCUCUGCACAAGAUGCCUUCGCCGCCAAGUCCUACCAAAAAGCUGUCAAGGCUCAAAAAGCAGGCCUCUUCAACGAAGAGAUCCUUCCUCUCGACGUAAAGUGGACAGACCCUAAGACCAACGAAGAGAAGACCAUCACCGUCAAGGCCGACGACGGCAUCCGUGACGGAAUCACCCCUGAGUCCCUCGGAAAGAUCCGCCCGGCCUUUGCGAAGGACGGCUCCAUCCACGCCGGUAACGCCUCUCAGAUUUCUGAUGGCGCCGCUGCCGUGCUCCUCAUGAAGCGCUCGACCGCUGAGCGUCUUGGUCAGAAGAUCAUCGGCAAGUUCGUCUCCGCUAGCGUUGUCGGCGUCAAGCCGCUGCUCAUGGGUAUUGGCCCAUGGAAGGCUAUCCCUGUUGCGCUGGAGAAGGCGGGCAUCACAAAGAACGAUGUCGAUAUCUAUGAGAUCAACGAGGCCUUUGCGUCGCAAUGUGUCUGGUGUAUCAAUGAGCUGGGGCUGCCUGAGGAGAAGAUUAACCCUAAGGGUGGUGCUAUCGCUUUUGGGCACCCGCUUGGCUGCACAGGAGCGCGUCAGAUCAGCACACUGUUGACCGAGCUGAAGCGCACGGAUAAAAAGGUGGGCGUUACUAGUAUGUGUGUUGGUACUGGUAUGGGCAUGGCUGCUGUUUGGGUCAGGGAGUAA